ACCGAGCAGCACAGCAGGUGAGGAGGAAUGCUGUGUCUCUUUUUCAUUUGUCAUUUGGACUUGCGGAUAUUUUUGCUCCUCAGUUUAUGGAGACGGAGCUGCUAGAGAUUGUAAAAUGUGGUUAAUGUUUUUCCUUCAUCUGAAGAGGAACCGUGGAGACUGAGAUAUCUGACGCCCUCUGGACAGAUUGUAAAAAUUCACUCAAGUGAAGACAUCAAUACUGGAUGACUGAACCUGGGCAUUUAUUGACAGCCUGGAUGUAGCAUGACCUUUUGCGAACAGGAAGACCAGAUUCUAUCUACAAGGUGGAAAUGAUUUGAAGGGACAGUGAAGGCAUCAUCUGGAAUCAUGUCGAACUCCCAGGAACAGAGUCUGAAUGAGAACGUGGUUUUCCUGCCAGUGGACGAGUCCUCGCCUCAGUUCUUCCACUCUGAGCAAGAGCGCGAAGCCGUGGAGAGGCUCCUCAACAGCGGACCCGAGGUCUUCUACGGCUCCAUCGGCCCAAAGCUUUCCAGCUACUUCUUAUCUCCUCAAGAGGUGAGUCAGAUAAGCGGCUGGGCUCAGAACUAUCACUUCCACAAGCCGGUGGUGGACGACCAGGACGAAACCGACGGGAGCGUCGACUCGAAGAAGAUCUGUUCCACCUACGACCCUUACCAAUGGGACGUCCCGGUCCCCGACCUGGAGCUCGGCUGGCCAGAGAAACCCGCCGAGGUUCCGAAGAGCAGCGUGACGGUCCACUCCAGCCACCCUGCUGAGGAAGACCUGCGAAUCAGAGAGGUCAUCAGGCGACACUUACAGGCAGCCAAAACGGUAAUCGCUGUGGUGACAGACCAGCUGACAGACAACGUGAUAAUCUUUGACUUGCACCAGGCCGCCUCCCGAGGUGUGCCCGUCUACAUCAUCCUGAACCAAAGGUCUCUGCAGCAGAACUUCACCCUGAACAGGCUCAGGCAUCCCUACAUGCAGGUUCGAGUUCUUGGAGGGAAAACGUUUUGCUCCAAGUCUGGAAAGAUAGUGGUUGGAGAAAUGAAGGACAAUUUCAUCUUGGUGGAUUUAGAGACGGUGAUUCAUGGCAACUACAGCCUCACCUGGACAGACGCUCAUCUUCACCGGCAGCUUGUCACGGUCCUGCAGGGCCCGGUUAUCGACUCGUUUGACCGAGAGUUCAGGAUGCUUUUUGCUGAUUCGGUCCCCGUUCCCGACACUUGUGGAGUCACAGCCGGCCCUCAAGUUUACAACCACUACCAGACCAAAGACUUGUCACGCCUCAAAGGGCAGCUCUCUGCUGACUCUGCCAUCACAAACCCUCCUUCUCCGCCUGCCGACGUCUUUCUGGACUGGGAAGCGAUGGGCGUUCUUCAGACAGACAGCAGCCGGCCUGCGUCUCUUCUGGGUCUACAUAAGGAAAACAUAGUUGAGAAAAUGUCACAGCUGGAAAUAAAUGAGGACAGCCCAACUGAGGACAGAGUUAUCCACAAUGAUCACCUGGUGUGGAACAGGAGAAGGUUAAAUGAAGAUACAUCCCCGCUCACAACCAGAGUGACAGAUAAUUCAAAAACCAACAACAUCAAUGCAGAGGUGCUGUCAACAAACCCACCAGCUGCUGAGGGAAUAAAAAGGAGCGUCUCUAGGGAGCUUUCUGCAGAGGAACGGCCAAAUAAACCUGAGCGGACUGUGACUAGAAUCGAUGUUCCUCCAGAAACAACAAAUUCGUUUUACUCCAAGAGACGAUCAGUUGCUCUGAUGGAGAGUUUUGAAGAAGAGGACGACAAAACAGUGGAUGUUAGUCUGAGAGAGAACAGCUCGUCUUCCACUGAGAAAAAACCUUUAAUCCUGAGGGUGCCGCACCGGGGCAACUUCAGCUCUGUGAGCGACAUCAUGAAGAGGCUCAAGAAGGGAACGCCGGCGGUGUGGAGGAAAGGAACCAACACCGCCAUAUCGGACCGGACCCAGUCCAUGAUGGACCGGACCCAGUCCAUGAUGGACCUGAGCGAGAACAGUGACAGCGACAGGGAGGCCGCAGUGCCUCGCUUUCUGAGCAAUCUCAACUCGGACCACAUGACGCCCGCGUUGGCCCUGAUGCAGAGGAGAAACGAUGGAGUGAAAAAUGCUCUAAAUCGACCUCCAACAAACUUUAUGCCCACCGAGCGACCGCGCAGCUCCACCUUAAACUCCACCUUUAAUUCCAGCUUUUACCUGAGAAAGCUGAAGUCAGACAAAGAAAAACCCGCCCUAUGAUGGACAAGCAGAGAGACUUUACAGCGUCAUUAGCUCCUGAAACCGUGGCUCACAGAAGGCUUCAUCUUCUUUAUUUUGCGUCUGGGUGCAAAAUAAACACCCAGACGCUUUACUUGCUUGAAUGUUACUAAAAAUAAAUUAAAAACUAUUGUUGCUCAGG